AUGUUACUUCAUUUGAUAAGGAGAAGAUGUACCAAUAGUGCUUUUUUAAGCUUUAGAAUACAAAAGAGGUAUGCCAAAAUUGAGUUUGCUUUUUCUGGAGUUGAUUUCAAUAAUGGCCAGAAGUUAAGAUCUUUCUCUACAGGAGCGGUCACUAAAUCCUACCAUGAAGGAACGGAGAAUUUUGAAAGCUAUAAAGACCUAGAGAAAGAUAUAGACUUAAAUAAUUCAAUUGCCUUAAGAUCUUACCAGAAAGAAUGUAUUGACACCAUUUGCAAAACUCUAUCAAAUGGUGCAUCUAAAAUAGCGGUUUCAAUUGCAACAGGUGGUGGGAAAACUGUGAUUUUCUGUAAGACCAUACCAACACUGCUUAAGAUACGUCGAUAUGACGGUGAUAUUUCAAAUGGAAUUUUAGUCCUGGUACAUCGUCGAGAGCUGGCGAAGCAAACUAUCGACACAAUUCUCAGGAUGAAUAUUGUAGAUAAAGAUAGAGUAUUUCUUGACAUGGGUACAAGUGCACUCGAUCCAAAGAUAUUUUUAGAUAAUCGCCCAUUUAUCGUGGUAGGAAGUGUGCCGACUCUAGCAAGAAACGACUGCAAAAGAUUGGCUUGCUAUAACAAAAGUAAGUUCAAGGCUGUCAUUGUGGACGAAUGUCAUCACGCUGUAUCUAAAAGUUACCUCGAUAUUUUCAACACGAUGAACUGUUCUAAAGAAUUACAUGGCAAACCAUCGGAUCACAAAGAUGGUGAAAUAGGUCCUUUCCUACUGGGGUUUACUGCAACUUUGGCUAGAGCUGACAAACAACCCCUAAAAAAGGCAUUCGAUGAAAUUGUUUUCCAAAAAGGCAUAUUAUCAUUGAUAGAGGAGAACCAUCUAUGUGACCUUGAAUGGCUACGGGUAGAAAUCGGACUAAAUUUGAGUAAAGUGGAAGUACAAGGGGGCGAUUUCAAUACUGCCUCAUUAGCUCAACAUGUUAACACGGACGAGGUCAAUAGCAUAGUUUUGAAGUCUUACAUCCAAAUGAAGACCAGAUUCCCGGAUAAUAUGAAUUCAUUGCUUGCAUUCUGCGUCAAUGUGAAACAUAUGCAGGAUUUGUCCUUACUGUUCCAAGCUAACGGGAUAAAUGCUCAAUAUGUGAGUGGUGAAACUAAAAUUAGUGAAAGAGAUGCAAUUAUUCAUGACUUCAAGCGUGGUAAAGUACCAGUCCUGUUUAAUUGUGGUGUUUUCACGGAGGGAACAGAUAUACCAAACAUCGACUCAAUAUUUUUAGUGAGGCCUACGAAGUCGAAACCAUUGCUCAUCCAAAUGAUUGGUAGAGGGUUAAGACUGCAUGAGGGGAAAAAGAAACUUCUUGUUACAGAUUUUGUUGAUAACAAAUCGUUGGGAUUAACAAUAACUUCAACUUUGGGAGGUAAAUCCGAAAUACUGUCUCUUUUAGGAGGAACCACUGGUACCGGAUUUAACCAUAGAAACGAAAUGCUAGGCGGUGAUGUUGAUUACAUCAAAUUUGCUAGAUUUAGCGGAAAAGAGCUGUUUGAUGAGAAUCCUGACAAACAGAACCCAGCGUAUGUUUUAAUGCAGAAGAUGAGGCUGUUAAACUCUAAAUCAGCUCUGGGGAACUGGAUUCAAGUAAAGUUCAAUACAUGGGCGACGCCGUGUGGGUACAAAUCAUAUCUGAAAAUUGAGUCUGAUCAAAAUGGGAAGUAUAAAGCUCAUUAUUGCUUCAGUAAAUUAGGUUUCAAAGAUUCAAUUAGAUUGAUUUCCACUACUAUUGCAGAAGAUCCAAAUUUUACCGAUGUUAUUGAUUCCGUUAAAGAGUAUGUGGUAAAGCAUGAGUUUAUCAAUGAUGAAAUGAAAGCUAUAUCGUUAAGGGAAUCUCACAUGAAACACGCUUCAAUAACCAAAUCACAAAGAAAUUUCAUCGCAAACACAGUAAUGGAUAUUGUUGAAAAAUCUCAAUCAUACGCUAUGGAUAUGGACAAGUUCAAAAAAGUCUUCAAUGAAAAAGUAGAAAGUAUGUCCAGACUUGAAGCCUCUGACUUUAUUUUUGGAUUUACUGUUGGUCGUAAGCAAUCUGCAAUGAUAUGGAUCAAACAGAACUUUCUCAGAAACAAAAACCAGAGGGCACUAAUAACGAAAGAAACUGUGCUUCAAGAGAAACAAGCACUUAUGGAUGGUGGAUGGACAUAG